AGAAUAACUUUUUGUAUUCCAAUUUGGUCAUUCCCGCUUUCGAACUUUGCUCCGUCCCUCCAAUUUUUAUUUUCAUGCCCUAAUUUCAAACCCCAAUUCCGUGGACAAAAAUUCUUAACUAUGGCGGAUCCAGACUACUUAGCGUACCUAUCAUUCCUUACGGAGAGGAGAAUUAGCCCAUCAGGACUCAGUGAAUACUUGCACGCAGAAGACGGUGAUGAUGAAAUGGACAUCGAUUUCAUCGGAAUGCCGCCAAGUGAUGGUCCUAAUUCUGCUUCCGUUGCGAGGUCGUCUCAAGAGUCUGUAGAUAUUGACGAUUCGGCUGUUGAGAGCGACAACGUCGUAGUGGUGGAGGACGAGGACGAGGACGAGGAUGGAAGUAAUGAGAGAAGGAACUAUAAUAAUAGUGAAGGUGGUGAAAUGUCAUCGUCCAAGGAUAAUAAAGACGAAGAAGAAAAGGUAGACGCGGAAGAGGAAUUGAACAGAGAUGAAAUUGACGGCUUAAUUUGCUCCAUUUGCUUCGAGGCUUGGUCAUCUGGCGGUGACCAUCGGGUCUGUUGUCUUCCAUGUGGGCAUAUCUAUGGUUUGGCUUGCAUUAAGAAAUGGUUGCAGGGUCGAGGCUCAGGCAAGUGUCCACAAUGCAAAAAGAAAUGCUCGAUGAAAAGUAUUCGAGUACUUUAUGCAUCUCGGAUCGUUGCUCUUGAUGUGAAGUUACAAAAGAAAGUUCGGUCUCUUGAAGCUAAAUGUUCUUCUUUUAAGGAAAAGAGCGAUGACUUGUCUGCAAAGAGAGUUGAAUGGCGGAAGAAAGAAGCUGAUUUGUGCAUGGAAGUGCACUAUCUCAAAGAGAGGACACGCCACUUGGAGGGUCUACUAGAAAGUGCACAAUCCAGGCCAUUAGGAUCAUCCAUGGCUAGGUGGGGUUGUCGAGGAGAAGCUGGUCUGGGAGACGAUGUUGAAAAAGAGUUUCACCAACAAGGAUCUUCAAUUAGUUUUAUGUUGCAGAAAGACAUACAAGUAGAUGGUGCCCGUAUCUUCGAUGUUGAUACAUCCAGUCAGAUUUUGAUAAUUGCUCGAAGGCUAUCAGGAAUGGGGACAAUGAAUGUGCUUACUAAGAUGAGCUUGAUACCUUCGCAUGAAAAAGAGGACAUUCAUCUCCCUGUGGGAUUUAAAGCUGUCAAGGACCUACGGGUUUCUCCUCAUGCUAGAAUUGUGCUAUUGGCUUCCUUAGGGAAGAAAUUAUCAGUGGUUAGCACACAAAGCAAUAAUACUGUUCUUACUUAUGAUUUACAGGCGGCUGCAUGGUCAUGUUCCUGGGAUCUCAGCAACUCACAUUAUAUCUAUGCAGGAUUACAGAAUGGCAUGGUAGUGCAGUUUGACAUGCGUCAAACCAUGAGGCCUGUGGAAUCCAUUACUGGGUUGACGGACAGCCCAAUUCAUACUGUGCACUCUCUUUCUGCAGAUUCAACUGUCAGCUGUGGUGUUAAAGGUGUCCUUACUGCCUCGUCAGUUGGUUUAUGUCAUUGGGAUUUUGGUAGAAGUGGAGGAAGGCCAUAUUUAAUUCCAGAAUCAGAGAAUCAAGGAGUUUGCAUAUCUCUUGCUUAUGGUCCCUCUAGAGAUGACAUUGUUGCUUCAUUUCGUCCUAAAAUUGAGUUUUCUGGUGAUUUGACUAUUUCUCAACCUACACUUAGUGCUUCUACUUCUAUUUCUGGGGAAGGGGUACGGGGAUCUCAUGUCCUUUACAAGAGAGUGGGUGGCAGAUAUGAAAAAUUAGGAGCGACUUGUGCCAAUGUGAGUGGUAUCCGACUGCCGAAAUCUGCAAUCGUAGAUGGAGUGUCUCAGAACCCUUUGUUUGCUUCUGCGGAUGAAGUAACAAGUGAAUUGGUGUUGCAAGAUUUACCGUCUUUGACAGUUGUUCAGCAUCUUCGAUCUCGAAAAUAUCCUAUUCGGGACAUGAAAUAUGCAAGUAUUUUAAACUCAGGACUACUUAGCUGCUUGGCCGAGGAUUCAUUGCAACUAUUCUCAACUAAACUCCUCUGAGGUUCAGGUGGGCAUCUAAACAAGUUAUUGAGUUACAUCUGUACAUUAAUUUUUUUUGGCGGGCGGUGGACACUGCAACUCAAUUUCGCAGCUGUACAUAUCAAGCUUGCUUGUAGCAAUUAGUAAGAUGUUUAAGAUUUUUUUUAUUUUUUUUAAUCUUAAUAUGUUAUUCAUGCCAAAAAUUUCAUUUAUUGACGGAGAGUGUUACUAGUUGAUAAGAGACAUCUCUAUUAUUGAGUCAAAAUUUGAAAGCAAAAGGUUUAAAGGUGAUAUUUUAUUGUUUGAAUCAGUUA